AUGCCGCAAGAGACGCUCACCUUCCCACCGCUCUACUGCGUUGUAGGGGCGUACCGUUUGGCGCACGAUCCGUCGCUAUGGCAACCCAUGUGGGCCAAGUGCUCCACGGCCGCCAAGCAUGCGUCGAUCGUGGCGCUCAUCUGGGCGGUUUGCACCUGGCCGUUUCAGCGCCUGUUCGUGUACUACUUCAUGUCGGCGUCGGCUUCUGUGACGGGCCUGGGCGCGGUGUACGGUAAAAUUGUCGAGACGGCCGAUGUGACCGACGAUGCGCUGCCGUUUAGGAUCCCUGUGCCCUCGCUGCAGACCUUUGCGACGUUGAUGUUUGUUAUGGGGCAGGUGCACGCCAUCAUGGAGUUCUGGCUUCGACGCAAGCUGCGCGAAUGCAGGAAUACGGCGUAUAUCCAGACAGUCAAGUCUAGGGGCAAAGCCGCCGAUUGGUGGACCGAGUACGUCGAAGAGUUUUCCAAUCCUCCCACGCAAAAGGCGAUCAAGGACGCAAAAAAGCAAGCAUGGUACCUCAAGCUUGCCUCGCCCCUCGUGCGAUUCUUUAUUCUCAAAGUCUUUCUGCUACCCGUCGACUUUGUCCCCUUCUUCGGUAUGGCUCUGGGAGCGGCUCUGCGUUCAUUGACGUACGGCCGCUUGCUGCACAAAACAUUUUUCGAAGCCAAGCGCAUGUCGCCGUUCCAAAUCGAGCUGUGGAUCACCGAGCGUCAAAGCGCUUAUCGAAGCUUCGGCUUCGUUGCCGCCCUUAUGGAACGCAUCCCUCUGAUCGGACUCGUGUUCUCCAUCUCGAACCGCAUCGGUGCCGCCAUGUGGGCCCACGACCUGGAGAAGCGUCAGCAACGCGUUCGUGCUUCCCUCAGCGCUUCCUCUGAGUCUGGAGCGGGUGUGGUGGAGCUAGAAGAGUUCAAGUCGAAACCUACGCUCAAGAAGAUCUACAAGACGGUUCAGCAGGAGUCGGCUGCCUCCUCCUCCCCCGCUGCAACUGGUAACGAUACGAGCAGCGGCAGCAGCGACGGUGCCCAAGAAGCAUCGACAUUCAAUGGUGAGGGUUUAGCCGUGUUACGUCGCCACCAGAAUGGACAGAGUGCGAAUGGACUGUUUACACAUCUUUCGUUUACGUUCCCUCUCAAACUCAUCUGUCCCGGUGUCAGUUCCAGGAAUGCUACCCGAGACCCGCUCGUUCGACACGCGCCAGCAGCAGCAAGCUCGCAAACGGCUGUGACUGCUUCGAAUGGUAGCAGCCAAAAAGAGAGCGUGGUUGCUUCGACCUCUGCUCGCGAUGGUAGCGGUAGUGGUGGCAAAGCGGUCAACGCGCUGUACAUCGUCGGGUAUGGCGGGGGCCUCGUUUCGGGCGACAGUGUGGAUUUGGACGUCGAUGUAGGCUCGGAGUGUUGUCUGCUCAUUUUGACACAGGGGUCUACCAAGGUGUUCAAAACCCGAACGUCGAGGCCUACGCUUGGGGUUAGUACUGCUACGUUCUCCUCUCCUUUCCCUACCGCUCCAUCCGCUUCUUUUACGGGAAAUGAGGAGCGGGGGAAAGGGCAGAGCAUGACACGGCAGAACUUCCGGUUCCUGAUCCGCCCGCACUCGACACUCGUCCUCCUCCCCGAUCCAGUCACAUGCUUUGCAGCCGCACGGUACGAUCAGGUGCAGCGCUUCGAUCUGCGGUCUCGCGCGUCGUCGUCGUGCGUUGUGCUCGACUGGAUCACGCCCGGUCGCACCGCCGUUCCGCCUGCUUUCAAGGGAAAUCAGAAGCUGGACCACUUGGAUUCGCACUCUGCGUCGCAGUCGCGUUCAGGCGGGCCGGCGAAAGACUACUCGGUCGGCGCACGCGAUCCCGAGCUGUGGGCGUUUUCGCACUACCGCUCACGCAACGACGUGCGCAUCGCCGGAAGCGUCGUGGCGCGCGACACGGUGCUCCUCUCCCAGCACCUGGACGAACAGUACGUCGACCCCGUAACAGGGUGGAGCUUCAGCGAGCUCGCGCGUCGCAACCACCCGUACGGAUGCUAUGCCACGCUCAUCCUCGCCGGGCCCGACGCAGCGGAUAUUGUCGAUGCUCUGCAGAAAGAGUUUGAGGCGAUCCAACAGCGUCCGACCACGGCGAUCGCUCAGGACGAGGUGCUGUGGAGUUUAAGCAAGGUCGAGGAGGGGGAAGCGGAUGGGGCGGUGGUGGUGCGGCUUGCAGCGAAGGACGCGCAGACGGUGCGGAGGUGGCUGUACGCCAGGUUGACUGCGUUGCAGAGCGUAGUGGGGAAGGAUCUGUAUCGACAGGCUUUGGGGUAG